CCUUGCGAUUUACCGCGUAAACCUUCGUCCUGCCUUAAAAUUUGUCGAAAGUGUUCUCUUGAAACAUGGUGUUCAUUCGCAAAGCUAUUAUCGCCAAACGAUUCCAACAGGCUAAACAAAUGAGGCAAGCCAAGCGUCCCAAGCAGGCCAAACGAAAUGGAAAAAACUACAUCGACUCCCUACCGGAAGAGCUCUUGUGUAUGGUGUUUGACCGGCUAAAUCUGAAGGACGUAAAGGCCGCUUCUCUUACCUGCCGCAAAUGGAACGAUAUCAUCUUUUCUAGCGGAUAUGCAAACCGAUUUAUCUUCGAAAUUAAUAUGCACGUACCAAUUCCUUAUUCUAUUGCAUUUCUCUUGCAGUCAAUACAGAAUAGAGAACAAAAAUCAUUGAAAUUAGAGGAAUUGAGGAAAACUCAUGCCGAGCAGACCAUACGUGCCAUAACCCAAUCUCCACGGAGCUAUCGCAUCGUGAAAUGUGUGACAAACAAAACAUUGUGUCCUCACAAUCCUCCUUUAUUGGCGGCUAUUCACCAGAAGUUUGGAAACUAUCUAAACACGCUGGAGCUUUCCUUUGAUGAUGCUACCAUGACGAAUAUGUUUCCAUGGAUAGUCGAAACAAUACCGCUGAUGCCGCAGCUGGGAACAUUAAAAUUAGAAGAUCACGAUAGGAGAACAAGACUCCAAGAUACUAUACCAACCCUACGCAGCCAAACUCUGAAGCAUCUUGUUAUGAGAACCAAUUUUAAGUUCGGGUUAGAUGUACCGCAGUUGCAAUCCUUUGAUGGUUUAUUGUCGGUUCUUGAUCGCUCUAAUGACAGUCGCCAGCCUCUUGUGAUCACUAACCUUAAACAUCUUACCAUAAGAAAAGAACGAUGUGACAACGAAUCCGAAACGAUAGUAACACGGGGACCCUCAAUCAUUCGUUUACUGCCGCCUAUAGAAAGCUUGGUAUGGGACGAUGACUUACCAAAUGAUGAAAUCUUUCUCGCUAUAUGUGAAGCAUGUACAAUGCUGACGGAUCUGAAAUUAACCUGUAGUGUAUGGCUGUCCAAUAUUGGCGUUUACAGUAAUCUGUCAAAGCUCACCAAUCUUCGCAAAUUUUCAAUUGGUUCUCCUUGCACAUCAGAUGAGUCUCCGUUACACUUAGACUUUUCGUCUCUCACCAAGCUAGAGAAACUGGCAAUAGUUGAGUCAGGAGUCGAUUCUCUGAUACUUCCCAAAUCGGUUAAAAGUCUUCAAUUGGUUGUCGAUAAGGAGAACAAACAAAGGAUGAGAAAAACUAUCAUUAACUGCAGUAAGCAGUUGAUAGAACUUAGCCUGGUUUUAGUUGAUUGCGACCAUUCCCACCAGGAAAUGCCGAUUGAAACUCUGGAAAUUUUACCGCGGCUAACAAAUCUGGAAACACUUGAGUUCUGUGGUGGUUUUUUUACAAAAUCAACGUUUCUUUGCCUAAAAUCUCCAAUGGAUCGACUGCGAACACUGAAGCUCGAAAAAAAUUGUGUAGACACGCGUCGUUUUCUUGGACUCAAGGAAAAGUUUCCCAACUUGAAGGAGGUAGUGAUGCAGACGGACAACCCAAGGCGAGUUCAAAAAUCUACAAAUCCAGAUUUGUAUUCAGUAUCGACUGCAGAUAUAAAAUCACCAAAUAGUUGGACAGAUUCAGAUUUAGAUUCCUGGUAUGAUUCAGCUCCAGACUCAAAUUUCGAUCCAUUUUUUGAUUCAGAUGACGAACCAUAUUUCGAUUCGGAAGUAGAAAAAUAUUACCGAUCAGAUUUAUAUUGAGAUUAGUAUCAUAGUGGAUUUCAGAUUUAGGUAUAGGGAUUUUUGUUAUUUUGUCUUUGGAUACUCCGCGUCACUGGAAUGAAUUUUUGCCUUCACUAUUGAAGACUACCAGAAAUGCAUUAAGAAUAUGAGAUCAUGCGGAAUGAUUACAAUGAAUUGCUAAAAUUACAAUGUAACCAAUACCAAGCAAUGCACGGAACACGAAUUGUGAACUAACUUCGAAAUAAUAAACAUAACAUGUUUAGAAACUGCACCAACAACGGGAAUGUCACGCCAUCGUCGUUUAAUAAAGCAUAAGUUAAAAUUAACGUUGAUAAUUGUCGUUAAACUUGAAUAAAGCAUCUCCGUUAUCAUCUAAACGGCACCACAGAGGAGUUUAACGAGCAAGACAAAACCGAUUUAAAAUUGAUUUCGAUUCAAGGUAUCGCCUCACGGAAU